AUGAUGUGCCAAGAUGCCUUCACUGUCCUGCGGGAACGUUUGCCGGUGAGAAACAAAAAUCUUGUACCAUGUGUCCAAGAGGGUUCUUCCAAAACCAAGCAAGGCAAGGAUCUUGCCUUAAAUGUCCACAAGGAACAUUUACAAGAGAAGAAGGAUCUAAAGAUAUUACGGAUUGCAUACCCGUUUGUGGAUAUGGAACGUAUUCACCAACAGGCU